CACAGGAGCCGGGAUGGCGGUGUGUGCCCGGCUCUGUGGGGUGGGUCAGUCCCGGGGCUGCCGGCGGCGGCAGCAGCGCAAGGGCCCGGCUGAGGCGGCGGGGGCGGCGGCCGAGAGCGAGCCCGACACGGACCCGGAGGAGGAGAGGAUCGAGGGCGCCCCGGCCAUGCCAAAGCCGUCGGGGGCCUGCGGGGCCGCGGGGCACGGAGGCGCGGGGGACCCGGGGGCGGGCCUGUCACCGGGGGGCGCUGGGAGCCCGGCCUCGGCUUGCCCUCAGUCCCCGCAGCCCCCGGCGGCCCCGGCGCGCUGCUCUCUCCUCGAGUUGCCCCCCGAGCUCCUAGUGGAGAUCUUCGCCUCGCUGCCCGGCACCGACCUGCCCAGCCUGGCUCAGGUCUGCACCAAGUUCCGGCGCAUCCUCAACACGGACACCAUCUGGAGGAGGCGCUGCCGGGAGGAGUAUGGUGUAUGUGAAAACUUACGGAAGCUGGAGAUUACUGGUGUGUCCUGUCGAGAUGUUUAUGCCAAACGUAUAAAUCCACGAGUGAAGUCGGGACGUUUUAUGAAAAUUCUUCCCGAUUACGAGCACAUGGAAUACAGAGAUGUUUACACCUGCCUGCUUCACCGAUAUAGACAUAUUUUGGGAUUGUGGCAACCAGACAUUGGGCCAUAUGGAGGGCUGUUGAAUGUUGUGGUAGAUGGUUUAUUUAUCAUUGGUUGGAUGUACCUGCCUCCCCAUGACCCCCACGUUGAUGACCCCAUGAGAUUUAAACCUCUAUUUAGGAUUCACUUAAUGGAAAGAAAGUCCGCGACUGUUGAGUGUAUGUAUGGCCACAAAGGGCCUCAUAAUGGCCAUAUUCAGAUUGUAAAGAAGGAUGAGUUUUCUACCAAGUGCAACCAGACAGAUCACCAUAGGAUGUCUGGUGGGAGACAAGAGGAAUUCCGAACGUGGCUGAGAGAAGAAUGGGGACGGACCUUGGAAGACAUUUUCCACGAACACAUGCAAGAGCUUAUCUUGAUGAAGUUCAUUUACACCAGUCAGUAUGACAAUUGUCUGACGUAUAGAAGGAUCUACCUCCCCCCUAGAAGACCUGAUGAUCUCAUCAAGCCAGGCCUCUUCAAGGGAACUUACGGGAGUCAUGGCUUAGAGAUUGUCAUGCUGAGCUUUCAUGGGAAAUGUGCCAAAGGAACAAAGAUAACGGGAGAUCCCAAUAUUCCUGCUGGCCAGCAAACUGUGGAAAUUGACCUCAUGCACCGAAUCCAGCUGCCUGAUGUUGAGAACCUACGUAACUUUAAUGAGCUCUCUCGUAUCAUCCUGGAGGUACGAGAGCAAGUCCGUCAGGAGCAGCAGCAGCAGCAGCAGGAGGGGCAGGAGGAAGGGCAGGGCCGUGCCCAGCCAAGUGCCAGAGAAUGUCCACCAGGCCCCGCUUACCAGAAACCAGAGCAGCCUGUGCCCACGCCCUCUCGUGGUGCAGAAGGAGGAGGAGGUGGAGGGACUGAGAAGAGUGUGGAAGCUGCGGGGGGUGUGCCACAAGCAGCCCCAGAGCCAGCUCCAUCCGAGGCUGGGCAGCCUUUUGUGUUACCUGCCGGAGUGAUCUCCAGAAAUGAAGACUAUCCUCGAACAUGUCGCAUGUGUUUCUAUGGCACAGGUCUGAUAGCGGGACAUGGCUUCACCAGUCCGGAGAGGACUCCAGGCAUCUUCAUCUUGUUUGACGAGGAUCGCUUUGGGUUCAUCUGGCUGGAACUGAAAUCCUUCAGCCUCUACAGCAGGAUCAAGGCCACUUUCCAGAAUGCGGAGCCCCCUUCCCCAGAGGCUUUUGAUGAAAUGCUCAAGAAUAUUCAGUCUUUGACAACUUGAUGGUCUACUUCUCAUCAAAGAGGGAGGCUUGCUGGAAGGGAAUAUCUCAUCUCCUUUGGCUUCUGGAGGAUGAGAUAAGACUCGCAGACAUUGGUAUCUAUGACUCGAAGCAGCAUGCACUUUUGAAAUAAGGCCUUUUUACCAAAAUGCACACUUUAUUGUCAAAGGAGUAUAAAUUCACGCACCCUUCCUUGAAGUACUUUAUACGUAGUAUGUAAUAUAGACUUGUAUAUUUGCCGGUAACCUUUGGGGAAGAACAUUGAGCAUGUUGCCACUUAAAUAUACAGAACAAGACCGAGAGGAGCAGUCCAGUUUGUUAGAAGCUGUUAGAUUGAGACAGGUGCUCCUGGCUUUGGCUUCUGGCAGCUUUCCAGGGAAGUUUGUACUGUCAUGUCAGAAAUCUUUUUGACAUACACGGUGAUGAAUGAAUGUUGUGGUAGUCAGUAGAGGGUGGAUGCCAUGAAGGCUGUUCUGCCUGGGGUCAAACAACAAAGACAGUGACUUGUAGAGCUGAGGGGAUGGGGCAGGCUGUCUGGAGCUGGAUUUCCUUGGAAGUCAAGAAUAUGAAUUAUUCAGCUUGGGUGUGUCCAUUUCUAGUAAAUAGAGCCAGUAAAGUCCAGUGGCCAGAAUGCCAGCUUUGGAGUUUGGAAGUCUGGGCUGCCUUCCAGGUUCUUCUGCUGACUCAUUUAGACUUUGGACAAAGCACUUAGCCUCCAGCUUAAGCUUCUCCAUUUGUAAAACGAAGCUGAUGAUACUUGCCACUUGAAUGUCAGAGUGCUCUGAGAUUCUUAGAGGAGCAGCCACAUACCAAUACAAAAUAGAGUUAGAAGAAGAAAGUAGAGUCCGUUACCCUUCCUCCUGUUAACCACAAAGCUUGCCUUGUACCCAGUCUCAUCCGUGCACUAGUUCAGAUGACCGUCUUCACAGUCAUUUUCAUGUCUGUGUCUGUAAAAGGCCAACAUUGCAUUAGUUUUUAUGUUUACCAUGUUUAUACACCUGUGUUGUGAUACUAGGUAUGAACAAAGGUCAGAUAAUUCUGAGUGCAGGGUGUGAGGAACGUACCUAGAGAUUUACGCCUGAGACAGCCAUGUCACAAUCACUUAAAGUUGUCAUCGAUUUAGAUUGGUGCUAGUUUGGACUAAGGUUGUUUAGCAGUUGAAAUGAAUGCUCCUCAAAGGCCUUUGGUUUGUGUACGAAUUAAGUCCUCGGGUUUGAGAAACCUUGUCCCAAAACACACUGAAUACGGAUGGUCCUGUGCCUCUCCCUGAGCAUUCUUUAGCAUCGUCGACAUUUUGUUGUGGAUGGUGCAUCUCAUGAUAAAGUAAAUAUUUGUCCACUUUUAAGAUCCUGUUUUAAUUGCUAUUGUUUUUACUGUUUUAUUAAGAAACGUGACUAAAUCCCAGGCUUACAUCUUGCUUUCCAGAAUCAUUUUUAAGCGGCUUCUUUUGCCUUGGUACAGCCAAGCAGGACUUUUCCCCACAUGGAUGAGACUCUUGUAGACAGUGCUCAUUUUUUUCUUUUGUACCUGUGGCACAUGUGUGGAUGGUACCAAUUUUCUCUGUUCACUUUGGCCAAUGUAUUCCAUUUCACAAUUGGAUAUAGUGAAAGAGGUGGUGGUUUGAUGGUGUCCUUGCUGAGGAACUAGACCCUUGCCUUAGAUUUUCCUCUGAUACUCUUCUGUAUUUCUGUUUAUUUGGUGAUAGCUCCUGACUGGCAUUUUUCAGUUUGAAACAGGAUCAUCCCAUAUUUAGUAUCCUGGGCUUAAUCAACUUAUCCUUUAUUUUUCUUAGCUUCUCAUAAAACCCUGAGAGUAGUGUAUUGAAAAGCUAUUUUGAAGAGCCCUUCUUUGCUCCUGGUCACUUGAAAGAGUGUAUGUCGAGAUGCAUAAGAAGGGGCUGAUUGGGACUAAGUGCCAUUGGUUAUCCUUGCCACUCAGAAAUUUAAAAGCAUGCUUCUCUAAUCACAGAAUCUAAAAGGACUUUUCUGAAGUGCAUUCUUCUCCCGGGAAGGCAGAGAGGUGAAGCCUGCAGCAGAAAUGAAAUGUUUGCACCAGAUACUUUCUGCUCUUUUCUUGACAAGACUGACUAUAAGAAAUGCCUUAGGAUCUCUCUCAUCCUGAUGCUUGGGGCAGUGAUUUUGGAGAAAGUAAAAAGCUUCGGGUAGUUGAGGAUGCUAGUUGUCUGUAUGUUUUGAGUUUCUUUCAGCCUUGUUUCAAUAAAUUCACUGCAAAGGGUAUUUUUGAAUAUGAAGCUUAUUCCUGACUCAGCAGACCGCUGCCUCCCUCAGAGGCAUUACUACAUAGCAUGUCGCUAGACCCAUAGGCCUUUUCUAUUAAGGGCAAUAGCAUCCGCACAAACCCUUCAUAAUGUACGUUCUGUUCUCUGCCUCUUUGGUCUGUGUCAGUAAGGGAGUCCCAUGACCAUUCAUUAAAUAUUUUAGGUAACAGUCUGUCCUUGGACUAGGAGUGUCUGCUUUGGCUGAGGAGCAACUUGGGUCGGGCCAUAGGGAAUUCUGUGGCCGUCGAGGGCAGGUAUUUGCUGCAGGAGGGUUCAGGUGGAUCGGCUCCUCCCAAGCUGGCAGUUUUCCACAGGGGACAGUCUGCACUAACCGUGAGGGUGCUCUGGUAUCUCUGAAGCCGUCCUUUUGUUUAUUAUGUUCUUCUGCCAUUCUUUGAUUCUAGGUUAGAUCAAUGUAAAUGGGAAACUGCAAAAAAAAAAGAAGUUACAUGUGGAAAAUAUUAUACCUGUAAGUUUCCUAAUGAGGAGAGAGAAAUUCUUACCAGAAAGUCCACUAUGGCACAGUGGUUUAAUCACACUAAUUUUGAAAUUUGUGGUUAGCUUUUCUUUUUAGUGAGGUGAGAAUUUGAUCCAGAUUGCCAACAAAAGCCAAAGCAUUGGUGAUCAAACAGUUGACGGGAAUUUCAAUUUUCCUGUGGAAAAACUAGGACAGACAGCACUUUCUGCAGCAUGCAGCUCUAUUUAUGGUUAGGUUAAGAUCCUCCAUGGGGUCACAUGGUGUGGCUUCAGUGUUUGGUUUUUGGGGAAGUUAGUGGUUCCAUCUGGAGAGUCUUUUGGCUUUUUCAGCUCUCUUUUGCAUCCGUGAUUACUCUUAUUUGCAAACUCUGCCCCUUUUGCAGUAUAGUGGUAGAUUAGAGUGGGAUGGAUUUACUGUAAAGCUCUUGAUACUUGAACACAGUUCAUUUUCGGUUAUUCUCUUGGGGUUUGAGAGUUGAUGGGAUCCAACCUCACCAGUCAUUACUGAUUUUUUUUUCUGUCUGUGGACCUUGAAUGGAAAUGUUGAAUUUUGCAUGUAGGUUACAUGAUGGUGGUUUGCUAGGAUAUCACAACUUGACCAGUUGGGUUCAUACUUGGAUUGCAAACAUGGUUAACAUUUGUACCAAGAGUAAUUUUAAGGGGGGGAUGGUUUGGUAGCAAUCUUUUCACCUUUCCAUUGAACUUUGUGCCCAUCUUCAGUGCCUGCUUUUCAGUCUCAUAGGAGCUCAGCUGAUUUUAUCAACCCUUUUCCCUGUUCCUUUCCCUUACUCAGACUUUGAAACGUUGCCUUAAAUUGUGAUAAAUCUAGGUGGCAAGUGAGAAGAGGAGGGUUGAGCAGUGUUCUAGAGUGGUUUCCACCCAGUCCAGAUAUAGCCCUUGCUUCAUCUUAGGCAGUUCUUUGAGAACUUUGGAAAAAGGGCCUGUUCGAUUAUGAAUACAGGGUCAUGUGUUUAGGUGGUUUCUUUUCCGUUGAGUCUUCUGGGGCUGGGGUGGGGAGUGGGGAGUUGUUGGGGUCUGUCUUGGUACCAGGACAGUUAUGUGAAAUCAUGAUUGUUGGGAGCCAGUUUUCAUCUUCAGGAUCAGAUGAGAUAAUAUAUGUAAAGUGCUUUGUAAACCUUAAAGCGCUGUAACAAUGUUAGCUCUUGUUCCAUGCAUGGCUGAGGUGUCUGUGAUUCACCUGCCCUUCUGUGCUUCAUUGUUUGACCACUUUUCUACUUGUUAAUAUUUAGGGAGAAACCAAGAAGAGGUGAAACUUAGGUCUGCUUCUCGUGUGUGUGGUUACAUGGUAGGGGAGUGUCUUGGGAACUAGCCACAAUCAGGCUUUUGGAUUGUCUCGAGUUUGUUUGUUCUUUUGUCAUGCAUAGUUGGUAGUGGUAGGAUCAAAUACCAACUGCUGAAGAAAUUGUUGACCCAUUUGUCUUAGGAAAUUAUCAAGACCAUUUCUGAUGGUGUGUCCACUAACAGUGUCCCAGCUUUAAAAAAUUCUCGGGAGAAGAUUGUCGUUCUGUCUCCUGGGUGAGGAGAUAAGGUGCUGUCUCUCUUCUCUUCUCUUCCUCGUAGAUUCAGGGCUUCUUAGCCUUUUGGAGUCAUGGACACUUUGGAAAAUCUGGCCAAGCCUAUGGAUUUCUGCCCAGGAUAAUAUUUUAUUACUUACACCCAUAAUUAGAGGAAAUGCUCAAUUUCAUUUAAGAGAUAAGUGAAGGUAAAGAUGUAGUUUUUUUCCCCUUCCAGGUUCAUGGGCUCCUUGAAAUCUAUUUAUAGACCCCGGGUUAAGAACCUUCCCUGGGUACACUUAAUACACCCAAUUUAUUUGUCUCUCUGAGGCAAAUAACGCAUAAUUGUAUGUUCAAAGAUAUUCUAGAAGAAGGUAACACAUGAUGUAGGUGUGAAUGUUAUUGUGAGUGAUAAUGGGUUUUGUUGUGAAUUAUUACAUGGUAGGUAUAAUUUAAGUCUUAAAUUUUUACAAAAUAAUUUUAAAUGUACAACAUUUUCAGCCAUCAAGGGAGAAAAAAAGUGGAGAUAUUUUUAAGAGAGGUCUUUGGACACCCAGGAAUUGGCACGUUUAAGAACUAGCUGGUACUUCUAACUCUCAGAACUGAACCAAUUCAUAAGGAGGGCCACCAGAAGUCAAGAUUUAUGAAUUUGGUUUCUUUGUGGACAUAGUUAAGGUAAAGUUGUUAAAAUUGGUUUGAUUGACAGGUAUCCUACAUUAGAGACUUGGUAGGGUGGGGGAAAUGAAGUAUGCUUGGGCGGGAAGGAAGAGGAAAUAGCUCUUUGGUCUUUCUUAAAUUACUUGAUUUGUACAAAAUCUUGAAAUUGAAGGCAUCGUCCAGCAUCAUUUAAAACCUUGUAACUGGUCGACCUAGCCAGGUCAGGGCUUGUUUUACAAGGAACUAGCUCUUUAGUCUUUCCUUUAAAGUCUUUGAUUUGUAAAAAAAAAAAAAAAAAUCCUGAAACUGAAGGCAUCGUCCAGCAUCAUUUAAAACCCUGUAACCAGUCUACUUAGUAGCCAGGUCAGGGCUCGUUUCACAAGGAGGUUCCCUCUGGCCAGAGCAGCACUCAUUUGGCCAUGGAUUUCUCCGUGUCCUCCAUGAUGAGGGGUUGUGUAUAUGUGUGUUGGGGGGAACUUUCUGUAUUCAUUGAGCUUCUGUACUUUUUACAUUAGACUGUUGUUACGUGGGGAGAUGUUUGAUUUUUUUUCCCUUUUCAGUUUUCAAUAAAUGAAUUUUAAACAC